AUGGAACAUAAUGAUGAUUCCUCUCUUCCAAAGGAAUUGAUGAUCGAAAUCCUGUUAAGGUUGCCUCCGAAAUCCUUAGGGCGAUUCAAGCUCGUGUGCAAGAAAUGGUUCUCCACCAUCAACAGCUUUUCUUUCUCCGUACAACACGCCCUCCACCAAAACCACGCCAAUAAUGCCUCCAAUCUUUGUCUCGCUUUCGCUCAUGAAAUUGAAACCAAACGCAGGCUUUCUUACUACGCACUAGAAGCUAUGCAGACAGUACUACUUCAGCACUACUACGCUCCCUUAAUCGACCAAUUGAUUCCUAUGAAAACAAUUCGCGUAGACUCUACUUGCAAUGGUCUGGUCUUUUUUUCUGAUUUGAAUCUAGCCAAGUGGGGCCUAUGGAACCCAACAACUGGGCAGGCUAAGAUUCUUCCAUCUUCCUCAUUCCAAGCCUUGGAUGAAAGCCUAAGUCCUAGGUGGUAUAAUUGCAAACAUGUUGGGUUUGGUUUUGAUACCAAAAGUAUGGAUUACAAGGUUGUCAUGAUCCACAAAUUGUUUAUUGGCAGUGACACUGUGGUGGUUGAGAUUUACAGCUUAGAGAAAAACUCUUGGACAACUAUAGCAACUUAUUCACAUGAGGUUUUACAGAUAAAUCAUUGGUGUUUUGGUGUUUUCAGCAAUGGAAUGAUUUCUUGGAAAGCAUCAUAUUAUAAGGAGAAGGAUGGUCGAACUUUGCAUGAUAAGAUUAUUAUGCUAGACAUGAGUAGUGGGACCAUAAUUACUACACUCUUUCCUAGUACUGUUAGUGACCUUCAUCCUUCUUCUAAGAGCAAUAAAAGAGAUUGUUUGGUUUUUAAGGAGUCCUUGACUCUCGUUCAUUGUUACGAUUCCACUAGUUGGAGCAGAAAAACUUUUGAUAUAUGGGUAUUGGGUAAAUAUGGUGAUAACGAGUCAUGGAAGAAGAUAUUCACUAUUGCACCUGUUCAAAGAGUUGGUCGAGUAUUGGGAUUUUUGGGGGAUGGUAAGGUGUUUGCUAAAAAAAUUUUGCAAGAAGAGAUCUGUGCCUGA